GUCUGAUGAUAAACCGACGAAAAAAACGUAAAAAACUUGAAGUGUCGAUGUCACAUACACCACGUGUCCGCGUCACAGUAUUACAUGAGCCACCUCCUUCACGUUCAUCAUUUUCGUCGCUUUCUGGUUCACGCGUCGUACACGUGUGUUGUCCCCACCACGUCUUCUUGUGUACUAUUAGAAAUGGUCUUAUUAAACAUUUCUCUUCCUCAGCUUUUUUAUCCUAUUAGUUUCGCUUUACCUCGUUAUUUAGAAACAGAUAGAAAACAAAGAACCCUGAAAACGUAAAUAACAUGGUAGGGAAAGUAAAGCGUGUGCAAGUUUUUCAUCUGCUAUGUCUAUGUUCCGUGAUCUUCUUUUUUGUAUUCUCUGCGAAUGUUUCCAGUGAAGCAGUGCCGCCGGAAGAUAAAACGGCGACGGUUUGGCUAUCUAGAAUCAAACGGUCUGGUAAUGAUUAUUGGUCGAAAUUCAAAGAGACUUUAGGACGUGGUCACUCCCGCUUUUUUCCUCCUAACAUAGAUUUUAGAGGAAAGGAUGAUGCAGCAGAGAUGGGAGCGGGAGAAAAGAUGAAAGAGGCGGUCACAAGGAGCUUCGAGCAUAGUAAAGAUACGGUGGAGGAAGCUGCCAGAUCAGCGGCAGAGGUGGCAUGUGAUGCAACUGAAGCGGUGAAAGAAAAGAUGAAGAGGAGCGUUUCCGACGGAGAGACGAAGCAGCAUCAGCAGACGGAGGGUACUAAUGAACUUUAAGUACGUUGUCACUUUCAGCUCAUGUUUUUCUUAGUGUGUGUUAUUCGAUCGGUGUCUGAACAACGCAGUUUUGCCACGUAUCAUAUGCUUUGUAUUGUUUCUCUGUCGACCCACAUGCUUUUUUAUUUAUUAACGCAUCGCCAUGUCACAUGUUGUAUCGUCGUUCUUCAUUAUCCUUUGCGUGUAAAAAAACAUUUUAGAUUCAACUAAUUUCUUCAGGUGGUUGAUGAGAAAAGUGAUUUAUGUAACGCUGUUUUGCAUCA